GCCCUUCAACUCCUCCCAGAAGUGUAGUGACAUCAAAACAGGCUCUUCCCAUACGCAAAAGGUUUACUAGUGAAUAUAAUACACUGGCAUUAUACAAACUGGGUGUUUCUACAAGAUGAAGAGGGCCCAGCGGCCUAGUAACGAACACAUCACGAGCCCGCUGGGGAUCAUUAGCCAGGGUGCAAAGGUCGGAGCAGCUGCAGCCGUGCCCGGUUUCGCAAUAGGCGGCAUUUUCGGCACUCUCCGAACCACCACCCCUAUAUUCUUCUCCGUAGUCUCUGGCUUACAAUGGUUCGCCAUCGGCACUACGUUCUGGUCCGUCCGGACCUCCAUUCUCGACAAUGUCGGCGUAAGGAACUGGUGGAACAUGACGCGUGGAGCGCCAUUUUCCCCGCGGCCUGAGGCUCCACAUUCGAGAGAAGACAAAUUGAAAGCGAGUACGAUAUCCGGCAGUGUAACGGGCGCCUUCUUGGGCUUGGUGCUUAGAGGUCCACGAAACGUCAUUCCGGGAACGAUCAUGUUUACGCUGUUUGGAUAUGGGGGCCAAAAGGGGUAUGACUGGUUCGAGCAGCGCCGCACAGACAAAACGCAUAGAGUGCAAGAAUUGCAAAAGGAGGGAAAAGAGGAGCUGAACUGGUUGCAGAGGCUAACGCAGAAGAAGUGGAGUCCCAUGAGUAUCUUGACGGAUGAGCAGUACGAGGAGAUGCUCAACGAGAAGAUUUUGGGUGUGGAGGUGGAGAUUGCGAUGAUUGAUGAUAAGAUCAAGGAGUUUAGGAGACUGCAGGAGGAGGCGGAGAAGAAGCAGUUGUCGGAGAAGGGGCAGACGCAAAGCAAGCAAUGAUCCAUGAUGAGUCGGGCUUAUGUAAGAUAUUGUAUUUGAGCUUGACAUGUACAGUAGACAGGGGAACUGCGAAGAGUAUGAUGAAGUGGAUCACCGAGAUGUUGCACAUAUGUACCCAGGAGACACGGUUUCUGAAAGACAUGUAAGGUAGUUAAUUGUACACGAGGGUUGUAGAACAUGCCAAACAGGAGGAGAUCGAGUGAAGGAAAGUGAUUUGUUGGCAAUUUUCUAGACGACCGUACACUGGUGGGCUUCCACAAGAACGAGCGCCCACGUUUCCCUUCGCAAGUUGGCAAUUUUUCUUCCUUCAAUAUUGAACAAGGAAUACCGGCAAAGCAAGAGAAAUACCGGCAAAG